AUGGCUUUUGGAAUUAAGGACGGCAUUGGGUCUGGAACCAGGCACAACAUCAACAGGGUCCUAAGGGCAGGCCGAGAACCGGGGAACAGACAGCAGACCUGGAACCAGGUGACAGAAGCAGGGCAUGGGGCCAGGGAUCAGCUGGGAGCAGGGAUCAGCUGGGACCAGGGAUCAGAUGGGACCACAGAACAGAUGCAGGGCAUGAAAUUAGAGAAUUUUCACAUCCUUGCGUUUUACUACCUGUUGAACCAUGGAUGGACUGGCCUGCCUGAGUACAGCAUGGUGGCAAUGCUGGAUGACCUCCAGGUAGCUUACUUCGACAGCACACUGCAGCGGGCUGUUCCCAGACAGCAAUGGAUGGCUUACUCUUUCCCAAGGGACCACUGGAAUGCAAUGGCCAUCACAGUGGCAGGUUUCCACGGGAUUGUCAGAGGGAAUAUUGAGAUCAUUUACCUUCAGCACCACAGUGUCUCGACUCCAGCUGUCUUCUUUGUCCAGGGGAUCUGCGGCUGUGAGGUGAACAGUGACAACUCCACAGACGGGUUUAUAAGACUGGGCUACGAUGGGGAGGACGCAUGUGUUUUUGACAAGGAAACAAUGAGUUGGAUUGCGCUAAAUCCAGAGUUCCAGAUACUCGCAGAUCGGUGGAAUGUCAACACAUUCAUGAACAAGUAUUUCAAAGCUCUCUUGGAGAAGGACUGCGUGAAGUGGCUGCUGAUAUAUCUCGAAUGUGGGCAAGAAGCACUGCAGCGGAGAGCAACCCCUGAGGUGUGUAUUGGGAUUAAGAGCGAUGGGCCUCAAUUGCUGAGACUCUCCUGCCUUGUCACAGGGUUCUACCCGCAGGCCAUCGAUGUUACAUGGUUGAGAGAUGGGGAAUUGGUCCUCGAGAUUGAAUCCAGUGGUGUGUUACCCAACCAGGAUGAGACUUAUCAGGUGAUGAAAGCAAUUACACUGAGUGGAGACGAUGGGGCAAAAUUCUCCUGUUACAUCGAGCAUGCCACUCUCCUGCAGGGACUCAGCAUACCCCAGGAGAGUGUGGCAAAGGAAGAUGCGAAGACCAGGAUCAUGACUGGAGCUGCAAUCAUUCCACUCAUUCUCCUAGGGAUUAUCACAGGAAUUGGCUUCUGGAAGAAGAGGAAAAGCAGCAAACCUCUCCGUAACCAGCAGGGUUCAGCUGAGAUCAGCAGUGACCGAGAGGGGACUGUCGUGACCCAGAGAGGCCAAAGGCUUCCUCAAUGCUGA